AUGAGUGACACACGUGGACGUAGCUUUGUUGAGGUUAUUUGUGAGAAGUAUAGCCCAGAAAACUUCCCUUAUCGACGAGGAAUGGGUAUCGGCAUCCACGUCUUUACUGGUCCCCAUGGUUCACCUGUGAAAGCACGUUUAAACCUCCCUGCUGUCCUUGUGCUGAAUGGUUGUGGAAUUAACAGAGCUGGAGAGGAGAGUGACAUUGCUGCCAUCUGCUCACACGUUUCUGAACUUGACUUAACUGAUAAUAAUCUUCAAGACUGGUUUGAGAUCAGUAAAAUUAUGUCAAAGCUCACAAAUCUGACCUUUCUGAAUCUCACCUCGAAUCCGCUGACAGAGGCAAGGUUAGAUUCAACAUGUGCUGCCUCUUUCUCACGAAUACAGAGACUUGUCCUCAACAAUACUAAGCUUUCAUGGGAAACUAUUCACAUGUUUCUGCAGGAGUUACCAGGGUUAGAGGACCUCUUCUUGUGCCUUAAUGACUACAGGACAGUCUUAUUGUCACCUUAUUCCUAUCCAUCACUUCGACUCCUACAUAUUACUGACAAUAAUCUCGCUGACUGGGGAGAGAUACGCAAACUUGGGCAAAUGUUCCCAAGUCUGGACACGUUAAUCCUAGCAAACAAUCCUCUAGUCAAUAUAAUGGAUUCACAGGCAACUUUGGGACAACUUUUCCAAAAUCUGCGAUCAAUAAAUCUUCAUAACUCAGGACUAAAUUCAUGGGAUGAUGUUGAUAAACUAAAAGCAUUUCCUAAACUAGAAGAAGUGAGACUUCUGGGAAUUCCAUUACUGCAGAAUUAUUCUGAGGAGGAACGACGCAAGCUCGUCAUAGCUAGAUUACCAUCUAUUAUUCUAUUAAACGGGAGUAAAGUUGCAGAAGAAAGGAUAGAUGCUGAGCGAUUUUUCAUACGUUACUACUUAAAUCAGCCAUAUGAAGAUUUACCAGAAAGAUACCACGAACUGGUAACACAAUAUGGUGUGUUGGAACCAUUGGCUGUGGUUGACCUCCGACCCCAGAGUCGUGUUAAGGUAGAAGUUCAUUUUGAGGGUAAAAUUGAAGUAAUGAACAUUCGUCUCGAUCAGACUGUAGCUGAUCUGAAGAAACAACUUCGGAAUGUUGUGCAUUUGUCAACCAAUAAUAUGCGCUUGUACUACAUUGACCAGGACAUGGUAAAAGCUUUUGGACCCGAAGAAAUGAAAUACAGCACACGUGCUCUUCACUCUUUCAGUAUUCGAGAUGGAGAUGAGAUUCAUGUAGAAUCCAAAACAAAAUAG